UUGAGGACUGAGGGUGAUCUCAUUAUCAAGGCACAUCAGAACAGCUCAAGUCGCCUUCGUUUUGAUGGAAAUGGGUUUUCACGCUUCAUCUUCGGAGUUAGCCAAUGCUUCAGAGUUUAGAUUCGGCCAAUGCUCUCAUUGACAAUAUUUUCCUAACGUUAUUGUUAAAAACUGAGGACAGUAGUAAUGCAGCGAAAGAUAUCGAUGAUUCUGAUUGAUGGUCGACUCCUGAAGCUUAUUUCACUCGUAUGAAACCAGAAAGAAUGGUGAAAAAACGAAAAUGACGACGAUGAGAAGAAAGAUGAAAAAUACCGGUGAAGAUAUUGAACUUCCUUAAGUAGAGAAUGGAUCUGAGAAGAAUGUACAACCAACGUCGUUUUAUCAAACAAGGCAAGUCUGAGGAAAGGAAACGUUAGAGGGAGAACAAUGAAUAAUCUUGUGUCUACCUCAAGAUCAGAAAAGGCCCAACUCGAGUUAUCUCGUUGAGAACAACCCGAUUCCAAAAAGAAAACCAAACCAAAGGUGCUAAUUAGAUUUUCCAUUGAUAGAAAUUCAGUUUGAAUGUGCACGUAUCCAUCGAUGUCCGUAAUCUCCGAGCUGAAACUUUUUAAAUUGAAAAGCGAUGACUUCAUUAUUCAAGAAGAUUGUAAAAAAAAUUGCACUUCAAGAGAUCCUGCGCUUGUAACUAUUCGUUUCCAACGUGCUCCGGUUCUUCUGUGAUCUUUCUAUUUUAUGAAAAUAUGAAUUUCACAUUAUUAUCGAAAAUGAUCAAAAGUUCAUAGUUUCCAAAUAUUUAAUAAUCGAGCUUCGUAGAAGAAAUGCAGUGUGAAGUACGAGGAAUGUCUGAUGCGAACCCUCGUGUUAGUGACACGUUGCCCAAAAGAGGUCGAGUCAACGAAGUGUGUCGUGAAUGGGUCGUCCAUGAAGACGAAGCGCUCGCGUAUCAGUUACAGAAGCAAGAAGUUGAACAGCAUUAUGGAGGCAACAAAGAGCGAAAUGCACGCGUUCGAGAAGAUUUUCCCAAAGCUAAAGAAGAACAAGAGAAGGAGAUCGUCGAAGCGGCUGAGAAAUACAGACAAAUGGUCAGGCAGCAAGAGAUGAUCGAUUCGAUGUACGCUCGCAGAGUGGCUGAAAAAAUUGAAAAAGAUGAUGUAGAAAAGAGAAGAAGAGCCGAAAUACGAGAUCAAUUCGUGGCGAAAAAAAUGCAGGCUUACGAAAUGGUAAAAAAUAACCACGCUCAGCAUGUCGAUAGAAACGCAUUGAUAAACGCUACGCCAUCGUCAUCGCCAUUCGUACCGGAUGUAAAUAGAGUCGGUUUACCUAUAAUUGAGGAUGCGCAUUACGAAUCUGCCGGUGCAAGACAUCAUGCGAGCGUCAAAAUCGCCCAUAAUUUGAGGAAUCUCCGACUGAACGACUGCAACGGAAAUCAUGGGCCGGAAAUGGAAAAUGUCGAGUCAUGUUCGAGCGGUAGUAAUUAUUCUGCUAACUACAACAGCAACGUAGUACGUGUGAACCGGACUCCCACGCCGGCCACCUUAUUACCGGAAGAUUUGAACGAAAUUUUAACGGACGCCGAUCUGCAGGAAGAAGCUAAUAAACGAUUACAAGAAGAGAAAGAUGCGGAGUUCGCUAAAAUGUUGCAAAAACAAGAAGAAGAAAUUAUUAACGAUGAAAUCGAUCGAGAUAGACUGAUGGCCAUCGAAGCCCAAGAUAAAGAAUUAGCAAAACUACUUUACGAAAAAGAAAAAGCUAAAUUGAAACGUGCCAAGGAACGAGCUAGACAACGAGCUUUGCUAAAAAAGCAAUCUCAAAAUACCCCGAAUGCGGAUACCGCGAAUAAUGCAAUCUCAGCCAAACCAAUUUGCCCAGUGCCAGAAAUUCAAUACGAAUCAGAACAGCCGUCGUGUUCUUCUUCGACUGAACCAAUUCCGUGUACGAGUCUUCACGAAAAUGCGGAAAGCCAUCAACUUCAACACCAAUCUUCGGUCGAAGAACGUCCGCAGUUUCGUUCGUUGAACGCUGCCAGUCGUACCCCGCCAGUAUUACAAAACGUUGCGAUGCAUAUCGACCCCACGUAUUUAUCCCAACAAUUGUCUAGUAUGCCAAAUUCGCUAAUUUUUCAAGAGGGAGAUAACACGGCGCCACCUUAUAUGCCAAUCCAAGGACAGCGUCGUAAUCCGCCUUUGCCCGUUGAGAAAAAACAAAAAAAGGCUAAGCCCAAAGAUGGAUGUAAACAACAGUGAAAUCUCCCCGUUCAUUAUCUUUUUGUUUUAGUGUUAUUUUUGUUUUUCGCUUGUUGUAUUUUUAAUUUUAAUUUUUUUUUAUUGUUUGCGAAUAUAUUUUUCAUCGUUUGUUCUUUUUUAAA